AUGCUGAUUGCUGAGUUAGGGGUUGAUCCUGAUGACGCCCUUGAGGAGGUGGAGAGGACACGAGGGGCCCACGUCAGGUUUAGAUUCCUGCAGAGACAGUAUAAUGCGGAGCUCACUACGGCACUACAGGCUGAGGCAGAUGAGUUGGAGCAGGCUACACAAAGAGAGCGGGUGCUGAGAUGCUACUUCCUAUAUUUGAUAGGCACUCAACUCUUUGUGGACACGAGCUCGACGUACACAGACGUCGUCUUCCUGACGUACUUAUCGGAUAUAACACGUAUCCAUGAGUACAAUUGGGGAGCGGAUGUACUAGCAUACAAUUAUCAUAGACUUGGAGAGGGAUGCCUGUGGAAGGCAAGGACAGUUUCAUGCAGCUUGUUGGAUACUACAGUACUUCUCAGACAUUAUUGA